AGUGUAACGCGUAGUACUGUACCAGUGCGACAAGCCGGUGGUUGUGAAUGACAUCGGUGGUGGUGUUACAAUCAAUAUGUAGUUCUGCCGACGCCCGCUGGGGCGCUCUGACGUCUGGACGCCAUUUCUCCAGGUUCUUGCUGAAUGACUUCUGCACAUCCGUUUUAAUUCAUCUUCAUUAAACCAAGAUGGCUGGAGGACAGGGAGAACCUAAGUGGCAGAAAGAUGCAGCAGACCAGAACUUUGACUACAUGUUCAAGCUGCUCAUCAUCGGCAACAGUAGCGUCGGGAAAACGUCGUUCUUGUUUCGUUACGCUGACGAUUCCUUCACGUCUGCAUUCGUGUCGACAGUCGGUAUCGACUUCAAGGUGAAAACCGUGUUCCGACACGACAAACGGGUCAAGCUACAAAUAUGGGACACUGCUGGACAGGAGCGGUACCGGACUAUCACCACAGCAUACUACCGUGGUGCUAUGGGCUUCAUUCUCAUGUACGACAUUACCAACGAGGAAUCCUUCAACAGCGUACAGGACUGGGUAACACAGAUCAAGACAUACUCAUGGGACAAUGCCCAGGUGAUCCUGGUCGGCAACAAGUGUGACAUGGAGGACGAGCGUGUCAUAUCUUUCGAGAGAGGGAAGCAACUGGCUGAACAACUCGGCAUUGAGUUCUUUGAAACUUCAGCCAAAGAGAACAUUCAUGUCAAGGCUGUGUUUGAGCGACUAGUGGAUAUUAUCUGCGACAAGAUGUCCGAGAGUCUGGACUCUAACCCUGAUCUGCUGAGCAACGCGAAGGGCACUCGACUGACAGAGCAGCCCCAAGGACCCCACAACCCUAACUGCAAUUGCUAAUCUAGACUACGCUCUGCUCCCUUGCACAACUACCACUCAAACUACUUGUUCUUUAUUUCUUAAAUGAUUGAACGUUUUGUAAAUCUGAACAUAGGGCCUAUUUAUAUUGCAUACAUACUGUCUUAAAAGAAUAGGGCAUUGCAAAAAUAUUGCAAUCUUGACAAGUCACCUCUCAGAUGGUUUGUUUGUUAUCAAGUAAAUAAUUUUAAUUUUGUAAUAUAACUACUAGUAGAAAAUGACUGAUAAUGCAGUAUUUUGAUUUUAUCAGACUAUUCUAGCCUUUAUAAAUUACCACAACCAUCCAUGUUAAUCUUUCACAAUUCAAUUAAUAAUAUCGAUAAGAAUCAAUACAUUUCGACUGCAUAGCCUCAUGUUAAAAAUGGAAACCAAAUAUUGUCUGCCUAGAAGUGAGACUUUUCUAGUUUGAACAAAUUUUUAAAAUAAGAUAUGCCUAUAAGAUGUUACAUUUCUUGCUUAAUCUUUAUGCAGUAAAUAUGCAAUUAUUAAAUAGGCAACCACUGUCUUCUCGAUGGCUGUUAUAAGUACUACCAAACUAAACUACCGUACUACGAACUGUACUUGUACUUGGUACUGGGCCUAUAUUAGCUAUAAGGUCAGAAUUUUGCCCCUUCCCCAUUACAAAAACCAAACUAAUAAGGACCACUUUGCUCAAAAUUGGUCAUAUUGCACUCUGUGGCUGAUUUGAGUUUACGUGAAAAUUGUAAAUAGUCAGUUGUCGGAGAAAGUCGGGAGCGGUAUGAGGCCUGUGGUUACUGUAGAGCCCAACUACUCGGUACCGUACUGCAGUAGUACUCGGUAUUGCACUGCUAUAGUACUCAGUACCAUACUGUGGUAGUAUUUGGCACCAUGUACUACUGUAGUAAUCAAUAUUUUACUACAGUAGUACUAGGUCGGUGUGAGAGACUGUAGGCGUAAGAACAGAGCUGGGAACUGCCUUAUAAUCACAGAAUUGUCAAUCAGAGCGUCGGUUUUAGUAAAAUGAUAGUCAAAUUUUCAUUUUUCAAGUUUUAUUAUUUUCAAUGUAAGAAUUGUUUAUUACAAACACCCUUUAGUGGUUAGUUCAUAGUUAUUAUAGAAAUGGACAAAGUGUUUUUGAUGUUUUAUUUAGUUUUGUAAUUUUAUUACAGCAAUUUAGUUCUUACUCAGCAUACUUACGUAAGAUAGGUCGUUGAGAAUGUCAGUUUGAAAUGUUUUCCUUUACUCGUUGAAAAGUUGUUUGCCGUGAAUUGUUAAUGGCAGAUCAAAGUAAGUUUUAUACCUUGGCGUAAAAAGUAAAAAUGAUUUUUAUUCCAUAACUAGGAACAUAUAAAAUCAAUAACUACAGUAAAUUAAAAUUAAUAAUAUUUAAUUACUUGUAAGAUAGGAGAUAUACUUAAAUCCUAUCAUAUAUAAUAUCAAGUCACUGAUUAGUUUAUACUGUAACAUAUUUUAUCUUUGACAACAAGAGCCAUACAGUUAGUUAGUAUGAUCUUAUAUUCUGUACAAUGUUGUUUAGCUUGUCCUGCUUCUGUGAUCUACCAGGAGCACUACACUCUGUAACAUUACUGGGAUUUAUAAACAUACAUAAACAAUAAUUAUAAAGUAACUUCUUUUUACAUGUAAAUAUUAUCUUUUUUACAAAGAAGGAUUAUUAAUGAUUAUUAAUUUUAAAACUGUUAAGCAGUAUUGCCAAUGGCUUGAAAUAUCAGAGGACCACUAUCACUCUUACAUGGCUAAGGUGGGAGCAAUGAGUCUUAAACUUUCCUUGAAAGAGUAAAGUGUUGGGUUAAUUUGGGAGAAGAUUAUUGACUAAUAUCUAACGAUAGUUUUUGGAAAAAAGUUGUAGCCCUUGAUGUAACAAAAGAAGGGUGGAAGGGGAGAGGUGUUGUGGUCAUAUAGAAUUUGUUUAAUUUUUCAUGCCAAAUUUGCCAGUCCUGGAGUACACUACUUUCUGACCAUAUCUAACAUUAAAGGAUAAUUUCACUUUUUACAGUUUUAUCUCAUAUAAGAACACGAGAAUAAUUUUACUAUUAUAAUUCCUAUUAGUUACAAAUAUGUUAUGUUACUUUGAAUAUCUCAAAAAUUACCAUGCAUUAUCUCGAGUUACAAUACUGUUAACAUUACUAACUAAAAUAACUCUGGCUGCAGCUUUCCAACCAAGAGGUCUUGGUUCGAUUCCUAGAGAGAUUGACACAAAUAUUUUGAGGGGCGUUUAUCAUUUUCGUUUUAAUUAAUUGUAAAAGGAAGUCAACAUCACAAGUUUACAUUAUUUAGUCAUUUACAUAAAUACACUUUUCAAUCUAAUCAUUUGAAGUAUCUACGUGCAACAUUUAUUUCAAAGAACGUUUUUUUUAUUCUAGCAGUUUUGAAUAUAAUCUAAAGCCUUGUUGUCAAAGUGCUAAUUCUUUCCUCCAAUGUCUAAAAGUCAUUUUAGUUUUAUUUUUACUUGUGUAAUAGAUCUUGCGGGACUAAAAAUGAAAAAUGUUUUAUACAUUUUAUACAUUAUUUUGGUUUUCCAUGCUGUGCCUUAGUGUGUAUGACCAAAAUAAGUGGUAAUCACUUUAGAAACUGAUUUGGUUCUUAAAGGCGAAAUAUAUUUUUUAGGAUAAUUUGAUGAUUUGAAACAUCAACUGAAAUACUAAAGAGGUUGGAUCGUCUGUUACAACCUCUAUUAGAGUUUUUAACAGCACAGAAUAAGGAAUUCUCUAAGAUAUUUUUAACUUAAAGUUUUUGGAUUUAGAGGUAUUGGUACAAAUCUGUAUUUUUAUUUCCGAAGAUACAAACUCCGUUGCCUCAACUCAAAUGGAACAAGGAACUCUCUGCAAGGAACACCUUAUCCUGUGCUUUAAUCACCAGUUCACUUUCAUAUUUUAUUUUCAUGAAGGAGUAAAUUAAAAAUAUAACUAUACAAUACAGACAAGGUAUUAAACUAACUCCUAACCAUUGCAUUCUUUAAAAUAAAAGUAAACAUAUAGAGGAACAAUUGACCAUCUACUUUAAUGUAAGUAUAUUACCUUGUCAGAGCUUAGGAUUUCAUGUGCAAUAACUCUUUCUUAUUUGUAUACAUGAACAUUUAACAAUUACUUAUUAAAUUUAACCAUAGACUUGUCAUGUGGUAAGAGUGUACUAUAUUGUCCGACUUAGCAAGGAGAGAUUUUAUUUUCAUUCCACCGAUCAAUGUUACCUAUAAAUGACUACAAUAAUUAUUUAUAUUUUGUACGAUCUAAUUUUUCUGAAGGUUGUAUACAAUGUUGCUAGACUCACUUACUUAUAGACUCUCUAGGCAAAAUUAAUAAAUCAUGUCUAUGUCUAAGGGGCGUAACACUAUAGGUAGUACAGGGUUAGUUUACGAUGUCAUGGGCAUGUAUGUUGACCGUCUGUUCCCGGUCAGUACCGUUGUUGUUUUAUUUGCUGCACUGUAAAAUAAACGCAAUGUAUGUUAAAAUCUGCAGUAAGUGUAAUUGCAAUCUCUAGCUUGUAAGUAGAAUUUCAUUAAUAAAGCAUAGCCUUCUAGUUAGAAAUCUAAGUUUUGAGAAAUAUUUUUAGUAAGUUGAUCUAGUUACAUUCGUAAUGCCUUUCUUCAAAUAAUAUAAAACAUUAUAUAUUAUAGUUUUAUUGGUUUUUGUUUAAUGUAUAUUUUUAGACUUUAUUACCGUAUUUUUUCAGUUUAUAGCUUACAAUUUCUCAUUGUCCCCCCUGUAUAUUGUCAAUGUAAAUAAAUGUUGAAGUGUACCUUAAGGUUAUUAAUUGCUGUUCUUGUCUGCUUGGACCUUAACUUUACUGUUCUUUUCAAUCAAAUAGCUCCUGCUUUGUAUCUCCUCUUCAAUGGAUCAGGCUUUUAGAUGAUGUUUUACAGAGUCAUUGUCAAAUUUUGUACAUAUAAAUUUGUUUCGUAGCACUUUGUAUUGAAUCUCACAAUCAAAUAACUUAUUUUAAUGCUUUUUAUUGCUUAUUUUUCAAAUUGUUUAUUUCCAAUAGGCACUCAACAUGCAUAGCAAAUUAAAUUGUUUAUAAUAAUAAACAGAAAAAUUUUGGUAAGUAUAAACUUGUUUGAAUUUCAGCAAAACACUACAUUUACACUAAAACACAACUGAAGGAUUUAAAUUAAUAAACAAGAUCAUUUGUAUUGUGGCCCAGUAAAUUUGUACUGCUUUAACUGUUUCAACUAAAUAUUAAGUUAAUUUUCAUGAAAACUAACAGCUGAAUCCUGAUCUAAUUAAGUUGCAGCAAUGUCUGAAUAAAAGAGAAAGAGAUCAAUUAAACAGUUGAAUUGUUUAAAAUAUGUGUUACUACCAUGACCAUAAUUACUUCAUAAAAUAAUUCUCAUGGUAGUCUUACGCUAAAACAAACAUGAACAGUUUUAUGAAAGUACACACAUAUUUUAAUAGGUAAAUAUUCAAUAAAUAUAAUAUUUAUUUACCUAAAUGUUUAUCAUCUAUCUUAUUUAUUUAUCUAUCCUGUAUAUUUAUAAAGACUUAAAAAUAAAGCUAUACUCUUGAUUGGAAGUAGUGAAUAUUUCAUAAUAUAAGUUUCGAUAAAGAUGUUUGUCUCUAUAAACACAAUAUGGUUUCUAACAAAAUGAUUAUACUGUUAAGUCAUAGAAACUGACUUUCAAACUCAUUCUUAUAUAAAUAUUUUUACUCAUGAAAUUUACCUUAAGUUGUUUUAAAAUAAUGCCUGCAGGUACAUUAUUGUCUACUUAUCCCGCAAUUGCAAAAUUUCAUAUUAUAAAUCUUCAUGAUAUUUUUCAGUGCUUUUUAACUAAAUCCACUCCUUUGCAAAUCUUCCAAUUUGUUUUGUUCUGCAAUCUACCAUAAUAUAAUUUCAGCAAUGACAGUAUGUUUUAAAAAAAUAACAUUUUUGAACAUUUAAACUACAGUCAAUUAGAACAGAGCCACCACAAAUGAAGUUCCCUCAUUUGUGAGAGCCAUUCUUGAGUAAAACUGUACAGGCAUGGAGAUUAUCGAUUUGUCUUUAUUUUUGUUGAAAGCAGUCCCAUUCACUUUCAUGGCUAGCACAAAGAAGCCAUAGCUAGACACUUCUACUAACCCAUAUGUUCUACCUCAAGUCUCAUUUUAUUAUAGUUAUUGCUUUAACACAAAUAUUUACAAAAAUGGAAUCAAUAGUUCAAUGUUGGCUUUCAGCCAUCCAAGGUGACAUAGUUGUAAGGGAUGUGAUGAAUUGCUAUAGUGAAUUAGAACCUUAGUUUUUAUGAACAUGCAACUUUGUUUAAUACAGUAACUGUUGAACAUACUUAUUUCCAUAAUAUUCAUUUGAUCAGUUGUGUAGGUACCGUAUUUGUGCUUAAGGAUGUGCAUGAUGGUUGAAUUCCUCAGAAAAGCAAAGUUUGUCUCUACCAAUGUGAGUUUUAAUCUUUUUAUCAAUCAUUGCAAAUUUGUAUGUAAAUAUACUGCAGUAUAACAUUAUUUUUUUUACUUAAGUCAUAUUUUUUAUUCCCUUAAAGUUUAACACAGUGCUAUAUAAAAUUAUAGUAUCAUAAUUAAAUCAUCCUUUUUAUAUUUAUGUACCCAAUUAAUCCUCGAAGAUUUUUGUGCUGCCUUCAGAAGCAAAGGGUAUCUAAAAUGGAAAAGGGAAAAGGAAAAAACGCAUAGUGUGCUUUUUGGUAAUGGCAUCAGCCUUAUAUCAGACUCUAGGAAGACAAGGCUAUUACUGAAAUUUUCAUAUGUCGGACUUAAUGAUAUAUUGGAAUCAUUCUAUCAAAACAGUGGGAGUGAUUUUUACCCAAAUCUAAGCCAGAUUAUUUCCUUCUAAGUCUUAUACAUUGACUUAGAAGGGAAGGACACCCUUUUUUACAUACUGUGAUAACAACAAAGAAAUGAUGACCUGCCCAAUGUAGAGAUGUGUCACUUUUUGUAAAUACAUGUUACUUAUGAUUUGUGAUACAUAUUGUCAGUUUUGCAAAUUUUCCCAAAAGGAUAGGUAUUUUAACCACCAGGAAUCCACCCUUCUGGUGUACACUACAUUUAAUUCUCAAAUAUAGCACACUGACUGUCUAGCCAUUUCUAAAGCUUCUUGUACAUCUUCCAACUAAAUAAAGGGACUUGUUGCAAGCUUUAAUAUUAUCACUUAAAAUAUGCUAAUUCCUUAAGUUCCAAACAGUGAAACUCUUGAGUAUGUGUUUUGAGAGCCACCAUUGAGCAGAUUCCAUUUAAUCACUAUUCAACACCUAGUGGACUUCUACUGUAUUCGUGCAAAGAUGUGUGUAGCCGUGUACAAGCAUACUGUGGCUGAAAUGUUACGCUAUGAGUGUAAUUAUUGGUGUACAAAAACUGUAGUAUGUUGGAUAUGUAAUACUAGAGUAGGGUAUAAGUGUAUUUAUGUAUGUAAGAUCAUAUCAUUGUAAUUAUAGCCUGUUAAUGUUAAAAAUUUGUUUUAAUAGUAAAUUGUCCAAAGAAAUUAAAUAAUUUACAAAUAUUGUAUGUUGAAUUUCAUCAUUGUGUUUGACAAGAUAAGGUAUAUUAAACAUGUUAAAUCUAACAGUACACUACAUCUGCACAUUACUACAAACAGAUAGUUCUUAUCUCAAUACAAUAUAUGUCCAAUUUUGCAAUCAGUAUUGAAUGUGUUGUUUAAAAUCAGUAACAAUCGCUUCAAACUUAACAACUAAACUCUUGUAAAAUAAUAAAAAUUACAUCAUUUGCAUUUUACAUAAAGGCAUCAUCAUCUUCCACUACCUAUAUUUUACAAUGUAUAACCUUGCUAUCUGUUUAGUGUGUUUAAGGCCAAUUGUUAAAUUAUCCAACAGUCCAGAAACAAUAAACUCUCAUGUUCUGUAGGUUUGACUGGUUGUAAGGAAUAAAUAAACACUUCACUUGUUUAA